GGGGCGCCGGCCCCGACCCCGACGGCAGUUGCGCCAGAUCACCCCAUCGCCGCAGCCGGCACUACCGCUGCGCCCGGGACGCCGCAGCGGCAGAACGAGCAGUCGGCGUUCCUCUCGCAGCUGGCCGCAGUCUCCCCGCGCACGCAGAGCCGCAUGAUCGAGGCCGCGAUGGGGGCCGCCCGGCCGGCGUGCAGCGCCGCGGCGGGGCCGGCGGCGGCGACCCCGCCGCCCGCCGCCAGCGGCGCAGCCAGGGGCUCGCUCACGGUCGAAGGGGGCCCCAACGCGGACGUAGGCGGCAUCGUCGGCGGCUCAUACACCACGCUGUCCCAGAGCCACGGAAUGCCGACGUACUUCAGGGACUUUUGGGACGAGCGUGACGGGGAGCAGUUCUGCGGCUGGUGGUUCGGGCACCAGCUGGGAGGAGACCACGCGUGGGCACGCUGCCCAGGGCGGGCCCCCACGCCGCCUCAGACAGGAUGGAGGGCCCCGUGCGACGGGCCCAUUGACCCAACCUUCGUCGUGACCACCCAGCCGCAAGGACCUUCGCUGGAGGCCCCACCCCGCGCGCAGCCAUCCUACUCCGCGGAGGCCGCGAAUGAGGGCCGCAGCGCGACGAGGCCAGCCAGCAGUCCGAUGGCCUCAUGCGAUGGCCCCGCGGGACCCGGGGCCGCGCAGCCCAGCCAGCCGCAUGCACCUGCAAGCUCCCGCCAGUCCAAGCCCUCCCCGACAGCAGGAGUCCCAGACCUGUCGACGGCAGACCACCCCACAAUGCGAUGGGACGCCCGGCCCCCCCACGACCCGGCAGCCAUCCUGAUCGAGCAGUCGAGCCCGAAUUGGCAGCCGAUGGCCGCGAAUAGCGUCAUCGAGUUUUCCUUCGCCCCGGACGGGAGCUUGGGCCGCGACGCCCAACUCUGGGACUUCGACCGCACCUUGGCGCACGCGGGGAUCUAUGUUCACGAAGUGUACGCUGGGGCCCAGUGGGAGGCGCGCACCAACGCGUGGGGCGGGGCCGGCACGAUCUACGCGCCCGCUGUCCGAACGAGCCAGGGGGUCACCAUCAAUUCGUGGCAGUCCCGUGAUGGCCGCCCCCGCUGCGACGGGAAAACACCCCUGGGCGUUCCCCGCGUGGCCUCCCGGGGCGACGGCCCACGGGCGGACCAUCGAAGGCAGGCAAACAGAGCGAUGGUCCAACAGGGGCGGCGCAACCAGGAAGACGUGCAGCGCAGGGCGCGCCAGCGGCGCCUGGCCGGCAAAGUCCUCGUGCUCCGUGGGCAGACGUUCUUCCGCUCAGAUGCCGCCGACCGUCAGGGUGCGUGGCCAGGGGUCUGGGACCUGCUGGACGAGCACAUCGGUGUCGAUCCGGAACGUCCCGCCACGCCACACUAUGCCAUGGCCGCUCGUCCUCCGGACUGGCGUCACCCCAUCGAUCAGCAGCGACGGCCGCGCGCGGCGAUCGAGGACGCGGAGCGGCUCCUCCAGACAAGGGCGGGAGCGACGUACCCGGCCAUGGAGGUGGUCUAUGGGGAACCCGGCCAGAAAGCCCGCGCCCUCCAGACCCCGCCAGCCGCCGACCCCGGGGGUGCAGCGCCGACAGAGGACCGGGAAGCAGCCACCGCUCACCAGCGGCUGGGUGAGGAACUGGCCCGCGCAGGGGCCGCCGCGCACAUGGGCGCCCUCGAGGGGCUCCCGACGCUGGCGCGGCCGUGGUCGCCGGACGCCCACGGGCGCGACGUCGAGUGCUGGGCAAGGGGCGUGGCGGCUGACGUCGACCACCUGCUUGACGAGAAGCCCCGGACGUGCUCUACCCCACUGGUCGGCUUGCCCCCAGGCCUAUACGGCGCGGCAGAGGCGCUGACCGCGGCAUUACACGCAUCCGCCACCGCCGCGGGCCAGCUGGCCGAGGGCCGCCGCGGCCGACGGAGCCAGGGCCCGAGCGCCACCCUCGGGUCAAGCGCGCACGCAGGCCCCCUGCGCGUGGUGCCGCACGCCGCAGACCCAGCAGCAACACAGGCGGCGAGUGGCUGGACUCUUGGCGGGGUUAGCGCUGGCCUGUCUGGCGGCGCAAACCUACAGGGCACGGGCAUCCCCACCCAUCGGUGGGGGGACAAGGGCACCCUCAUGACGGCGCUCGACGUUGAGUUCUUUCUCAGCACCGCGUGCCGCCUCCUGCCUGGCAUCGACUUAAGCCGCCACGUCCCCGACUUCCCCUUCGAAGCGAUGGGCCCCGCCACCGCGAAAUACGGGGCGGUCGUGGGAUUCCGGCAUCACGAGGCACGUGUGCCGAUUGAAUGGCGUAGCGGGGAGACAGAUACCGACCGCAUCCAGUGGCAUGUAGCUGAUGGAGAGGUACUCAUCGGGGGGUUCGCCAUCCCGCCGAAGGGGCCCGAGGCGCCAGAAGAAUCCCGCCGCGAGCUCGUGGACGCGCUGUUCUCGCAGUACGACAGGAUCUGGCGCAUCCGCCCUGAACUGUCACUCGCGGUGGCAUACGGCAACCUCAACCCCAGCCCCUCCCUGGAGAAGCAUUACCGACGUCACCUCACCGCCCGGGGACUGAGGGACCUCGUCCCAGACACCGUCGCCACGCAUGUCCGCGGGCGCCGCCUGGACGUCGCGUGGACCACGGACCCCGCCCGCGUCGCCGCGGUGGUGCACAACGGGGAGGAGUGCCGCGCAUCGGGCUGCACGAGGCAACGCCGUGGGAAGCACGUCGAGCUCUUCGGGUGCCACGACCUGGACCACUACCCGGUCGCCCUGACAGGCCUUCAGACGCGUGCCCCCGCAGGCGCGACGAGUAGGAGCGGCCGCGCUGCCCGCUGCGUAUUCAGCAAAGAGCCGGGCGAUUGGUCAGUCGCCCUGAGGGCCCUGGAGCCGAGCUCCGCCGAUAGUCUCAACACGGGGGGCACGUGGCGGACUGCCCCGGACGACGCGCUCCUGGCAUCUGCGGAGCUUGCGGCAUGGCUUCGGCGUGCCUCUUGCUACCUGGACGCGGUGACGGGCGGCCUCCUGUGGCUCGCGCCGCCGAGCAGCGCCCCCCUCGCGGCGGACGCCAUCCAGGCGACGCGGCGGCGGCAGGCCGAGCGAGCCAACGCCCUGGCCCGCGCACGCGCGGCACGGUACAUCCAGCUCGCCGAGCAGGACCCCACGGCAGCGGAGCAGUACCUCACGAAGCUCUCCGGACAGCACGGCCUGGGCCUCCCGCAGAUCAUGGAGGACAGCAGCGUGCCAGGCGCCUUCAGGAGAGGCGACGACGCCCUGGCAGGCGCGGCGCAGUACAUUCGUCAGAGAGGGUGCGGUCGGGAGGCGGACUUCACGCCCCGCCACAGGGACCACCUCAGGCGUGAGGAGCGCCGCUCCCGAGAUCCCCACGCCUCUCUACGCCAGCAGUGGCGGCAGGAGUGGGCGCGGGACCACCGCCCUUACACUGAAGAAGACCUCCGAGACGCCUGCGACCGGAUCAAGGUCGGAAAGGCCAGCGCAGGAUUGCCGUACGCCUUCAUCAAAGAGAUGUCCCAGGGACAGGGGGGGCUCCUCCUGCGCGUGCAACACUUCGCCCGGUUUCUUAUGGUAAUCCCCGGCCGGUGGAAAGACCAGCCGACUUUUCACAAGCGGAAACAGGGGAAGCCACAACAGCAGUACCCGAGCUACCGCACCCUUUCCACGAACACCGUGGAAUUCGGAGUGGCCGCGGAACUGUGGGCGCACCACGAGCACGCACUUUGGCUUUCCGCGGGGGACUGCCAACUGGGCAGGGGAGAAUUUCUCAUCGCAGUCCUGCUCGGCGUCGAGACGCGGCUCAUACGCGCAGACCUGGGCCUGCCCAUCGCCGAGGCCUUCACAGACCUUGCGGAGGCGUUCGACACGAUACACGCCCCAGCGAUGCUCCACGGCUCCCAGGUCCGCGUGGUCUCGGGCGAGGCGCAGGCUGCCCCAGUCGCCCUUACGGACGGAAUGCCCGAAGGACGGCGCCUCGCCACAGCCUUCUUCGUCGCGGCGGCCAGGGCCUUCAGGGCGGCCGCUGGCCCCGAUUGCGGCGGCGUCGGGCUCGACCCCCCCGCCGAGGCGGCCACCGCCUUCCACCUCGCGGCCCACGAGGAGACUGGCGGGUGCCGCCAGAGCAACCAGACCUGGGAGGCCGCCGUGCGCGCAGCCCCCUCCCACGCGGACCAAUGCGCCCUCCUGGACGCCGCCUCCACCCUGCGGGUCGGCCUCACGCAGUAUAUGGACGACAACGUGCACAGGGCCAGCUCCAGGGGCGGCCUCGACCUCUGCAUCCAGCGCAUCACAGAGGCAGCCCAGUCGGUCCGAGGUGAGCUCCGCGUCGGGCCUGGGAAGACGGAGUGCAUCAGCAACGGGAUCGCGGCUGACGCCCGCAUGAUAGGCCUCCUCAGGCAGGUCGAAAACCGGGCGCAGGGAGGCUGGGCCAGCGCGCUCACGGCCAUCGAGCACCUCGGCCUGCCCACCGCUGCCGCGCCGGCCGCCCUGCGCACGCGGACCACCCCGCGAGCAUGCCAUGGGGCGGCCCUGCUCAUCGUUCGUGGCGAUUGGGAGCGCCGUGUUGACGCCAUCCCGGACCGAUGGAUUUCACGGCUGCUUGACCUCUCUCAGCCGGUGCCGCGCAUCGCCCUCCUCCGCGAAGGCGGGCUCGCAUGGCGGCUGAGCACCAGCACCCUCCGCCACGCCUUCGGCCUCCACGCCCGCGCGCAGGCGCCCCCACAGGCGGCGCACCCGGCCCGCGUCCUGCGAGCGGCCCGCGAGUGCCAGGGCACGUGGACGGCGGCGCUCGAGCACUACGCGAGCGACCUGGCCGCCCCCCUCUUCGCCGAGUGGGCGCGCGGCGCCCUCGCCCAGGACACCCACGCCCUGAGCGGCCCAGCGAGGAGGCGGGCGACCCGCCGCUACCUCCGCGAGGCCGGCGACCCAGGGCUGCAGGCGCGCGAGGACGAAUGGCUCGCGGCCCAGCGCGCGCUCUACCCAGCCCGGGGCGUGCGCAGCAUGCCGGAGGUCAGCGACCUGGCCCUGGUCUCUCAUACCGUCCGCCCCUGGGCACAGCUGCGGCUACAAGGCCGCUUCACGUCCCACGGCGGCCUGGCGGCGCCCUGCCGGUGGUGCGGCGCCGUGGCCCCGGUGGACGGCAGCCACCUCGGGGAGUGCCCACAGGCUGCCCGCGCCGCUCAGGACGCAGCCGCGGGCGCCCCAUGGGAGGGGGACAGCGCGGCAGAGCUGCGGCGCCGGUGCCACGAGGACGCGGACGUCCUCACGGCGAUCACAGUAGCCGGGCGCCUCGCG